UCAGAGUAACUACAGACUAUCGACCCCAUAACACACACACCGUUAUCACUCGAAUCCUGAGAUACUCAGUAAAAACGGGCAAAAUGCGCUUCUAGACUCAUUUAAACGACAAAAGAAGAGUUUCUUCUGACCUGAACUCGGAUUUUGUUUCUUACUGGAGUAACUGUAGAGCGGAGGACGCGCAAGAUGAAGUACAAAAACCUGAUGGCUAAAGCGCUUUAUGACAACGUUCCCGAAUCCCCGGAAGAGCUGGCAUUCCGGAAGGGCGAUAUCCUGACCAUCAUCGAGCAGAACACAGGUGGUCUGGAGGGAUGGUGGCUGUGUUCGCUCCACGGCAGGCAGGGCAUCGCCCCCGGAAACCGCCUCAAACUGCUUAUCGGACCAAUGUUCGAAGGCCAGACGUCUGCUUCCCCCUCCCCACCACAGGGUCAUGCCCUCCAGCAGAGGCCACUCACACCUCAGGGUGUGUACCAGGUGCCGCCGUCCCACCAGAGCCCACAGGGACAGGGCAUCUACCAGAUCCCUCCAUCUAAAGACGUGUACCAGGUUCCACAGAGAAGCGCUCUGGCUGUGGAUGGAACUCCCUCCAAGGUGGUGACCCCAGUACGAGUAGGACAAACAUACGCCUAUAGUCCUGCUUCAGAUUCAUCUCAUGACCUCUACGAUGUUCCUCCAAUUCGUCCCCAGGGGGUGUACGAUAUUCCUGCGAGCAAGCAAACCGGACAGCACAGCACUCCCAGAGCCCAGGGCGUCUACGACACACCUCCGUCACAUGACCUGCGAUCCAAAGGACUGUAUGACAUACCUCCAUCAUCGCAAGGGAUUUACUCCACACCACCUUGUCGGAACAACAUUGCACAAGAUGAAGGGAAUUAUGACUUUCCACAGCCUUCAAAGCACAAGCAAGAAAGUGUAUACGACAUUCCCCCAGCGUCUAUCUCUAAAGCUUCCUCGUGCUCCAACUACGACUUCCCGCCCAGCUCUGAGCCGGUGUCCCGCAAGGUCACGAACGACAGCGCCGGCAUCUACGACGUUCCCCCCAGCCAACACGCCGCAAGUGGAUCUCGGGACUUGUACGAUAUUCCACGUGGAAUGCCUCAGAACCGGCACGCUUCGUCUGAGAAGGAAAGGAAUAAGUCCGUUUACGAUAUCCCACCGACAGACUCUCGGUUGCUUGGUGAGGUGACCGAUGGCGUAAACCGCUUGUCGUUUUCCAGCACGGGAAGCACUCGCAGCAGCAUGUCAACUUCCUCUUCUUCUGCCGGGUCGCCCGCAGAGAGUCGUCUGGCGUUGGAUCUAGACUCUGCGUUUCAGAGGUUGGCUCACCUCCAGCAAUGCCUGGAGUCUUCGGUUUGUGCGCUGCAAACUCUUGCGGCAUCGCCUCACUGGAGGACGUACAGCUUCAUGGAGCGGCACACCAACGAGGUCCGUGUUUUAUUGGAGCGCGUCAAGGGUUCGCUCACAGAAUUUCUUAUUUUUGGUCGCGGAACGGCAGCAAACGCCACCGCUCUGUCCGAUCAAGGACUGCACUCCAAGUUACGACGCCAGUUGCAGCGUCUGGAAGACUCCCAUCAGAUUCUUCAACAAACACACCAGACUUUAGAAAACAAUAACUGGCCGCUUAAUAUCCUGGCAAUCGGCAGCAAGCAUCAGAGCAAGAGUGACGAACUGGAACGUUUUGUAAUGGUGUCACGGACUGUGCCAGAUGAUGCCAAGCAGCUGUCUUCAACAAUAGGGGGCAGCGCAGAGCUUCUCUUCCGAAGAGCACCAAUAGAGGGCAUCGUUCACCCCUUUACCUGCACCCCGACGGAGGACGACGGCUACGGAGGCCAGACCAAACCUUUCCCCGUAUCACACGACAAAGCAAACAUGAACAGCGAGAAGUGCGUUAAAAGCUGGAUGGAAGAUUAUGACUAUGUACAUCUGCAGGGAAAAGAUGAAUUCGAACGACAACAGAAGGAACUCUUAGAGAAGGAAAACAUCACCAAACAGAGCAAAGUCCAACUCGGCCAAGAACAGCUGAAACAGUUUAAACAGCUCGAACAGGAAGUGAUCAAACCUGUGGAGAAUGACAUCACCAAGUGGAUCUCCCACCAACAUUCAACAGACUCGUCCUCCAAUCCCUCCAAUGGAGGCGGCGCUGCGGUGUGCUUGCGUGAUCGCCAGCUGCUGGGCUUCUACGCGGACCAAUGCGAGCAGCACUUUGUGACUCUGCUGAAUGCGGUAGAUGCUUUCUUCGGUUGCGUGAAGGCCGGGCAACCUCCUCGAAUCUUCGUUGCACAUGGCAAGUUUGUCAUUCUCUGCGCCCACAAGCUGGUGUUUAUCGGUGACACUCUGUCAAGACAGGCCUCGGUGGCAGAAGUGGCUAAUCGAGUCAUGAACUUAAGCAACGUCUUAUGCGAGAUGCUAAAGACAGUCGUGAGUGCCACAAAAAUAGCGGCCCUCCACUAUCCCAACACAGCUGCUGUACAGGAAAUGGUAGAUCGUGUGACGGACCUCUCACAUUUGGCACAACAAUUUAAAGUGCAGCUCUCACAGAUGGCGGGAUUGUGAUGUCAUCAACAUCUGAACAAAGACUGUCGUUCUAACAUGCAUAUAUAUUUAUACUCGUUCUUAUGUAGAUGCAUCACUGAAAGUUGUCUUUUG